GCCUGCCUUUCAUAUAGUCGUAAAGCUGCUAAUGCUGCGCCUAUUGCUGGCCAGUUUGUCGGGUCUGUCGGGUUUGUCGGACUUAUCGUGCGCCGCAUACGACUUUGGCUAUCAUCCCAGCGCCGAGGAGUUCGAUAGCCUCUUGCGCGAGACACGCAGCUGGACGCGCGAUCUGCUGGCCAGCGAGCGACGACGCGAGAGCUUUGUGCCGCGCUACAACUAUCCAGAGCAGCCACACAAGCAACACCUGCAGCAGCAACAGCAUCAGCAGCAGCAACAGCAGCAGCAGGAGCAGCAACAGCAGGAGCAAGAGCAGCAGGAGCAGCAACAGCAGGAGCUGGAUUUUCAGCUGUUCAGCGAUGAUCAGAACUUGCAGCAGCCGUAUGUCUAUGAAACGGUAGCAUCUUUGGAGCAGCAGCAACUACCCGACUCGGUCUAUGGACCGGCGCAGCAUGUGCAGAGCGGACUCAUUGAGAUCACUGAUAAUCUAGCAGCAGCAACAGCAACAAGAAACACCACCAGCAACAGCAGCAGCAGCAGCAGCAACAGCAAUUUCCCAAUAUUCUUUACCAAUCCCGCCACCGGCAUUGUCUAUGCCAUUAGCGAGGUGGGCCGCAACACCAAGUCGCAGCCCUGGCCCAGCAAUGGCAGCGACAGCGACGGCAUUGAUAUCUAUGUGACCAAGGCGCAGUAUGACGCCGACUUGGAAGCGCUGCGCCGGCGGUACGAGCAGCAAUGCUCGCUGAAGGCCGCCACCGUCGGCGGAGCCGCAGCGCACUCGGUGCUGUCGACGCCCAGCCUGAGGCCGACGGCGCGCACGAGCACCGCCCGGCCGCAGAUCAUACGGCUGCAGAAGCCCAAGAAGACGACGACGCCGAGCGCCAGCACAGCGGCCGGCCACAACAAGCUGCUGCACAAGCCGCCGCCCAUUAUGGUGGCCAGCGGUGCGGCGGGCAGCGUGAGCGAUCAGCUGCUGAAGCUGCCGACGGCGACGACGACGACGGCGGCGCCUCCGCGCACGCAGAAGCCGAAGCGCAACAGGCGCAAGAAGAAGAAGAAGCGGAAGACAGUGAAGCGACGGCCGGGCCAAAGGCCGCCAGCCGCGACAACAGCCGGGCCGCUAAUUGUCCUGGGCAAACGGACGACGACGAGCGUCCGGCCGCCCACAGCUGGGCAUACGGCCACGCAGCUGGAGAAGCCGCACAUGCCGAGGCCCACGAGUGCAGCGAGCGGAGGCGGCGGCACCGUCUUCAGUGAUCAGCCCUUUGUGGUGUCCAGUGGGUUUAUCGAAGUGCCGCAUCGGGUGAGGCGUCGCUCGCUGGAUGCGCUGCCCGGCAGCUCGGCGGGCGCUCGACCCAUCAGCAGCGGGCGAGGGGGCGGCCGGCGGCGCAGCUCCAGCAAGAGCGGAAGGCGGCCCGUCCAGAAGCCGCAACGCGCCACGCCCAAGCGGCAGGAGAACUCGCCAGCGGGCGACAGUGGCUAUCGGGUGCCCCAUGCGGUGCAUCUGCUGCACGCCAGGCACAAUGGCAGCGACAAGGCCGAGGGCGAGGGCAAGGGCAAGGGCAAGGGCAGGAAAGGCGGCAGCGGCGAGGAUGACUUUGAUUUGCUGGAGCUCAUAGCUGGCGAUGAUUAUGAUGAUGACAACGAUGAGCACUACUUCGAGGAGGAGGAGGAGGGGCAGGGGGAGCAGGGGGAGCAGGCAACGCAUGUGAAGCGCCACAGCAGCAGCAGCGGCAGCAGCAGCAGCAAGCAGAGGCCGUCGCAGGAGAACAGCAGCUCGGCGGAGGAGGGCGCGGAUUUCGGUGCAAUGGUCGAGGAGCUGCCAAGUGUGAUAGUGAUCAACAACAACAACAACAAUAACAGUAGCAGCAGCAGCACCACCAGCUCAACCACCAGCAGCACCGCUCAGCCAGCCACAGCUGAGUCCGUGACCAGCUCCGAGGAGGAGAAGCAGGAGUCGACCGAGAGCGAGGAGACGCAAUCUUCGACCAAGAACAGUUUGAGCAAAAAGCGCAUCAGACGACGUCCGCCUGGCGAGAGCCACAAUUCCGAUGAAUACUACGACGAGGAGAAAGACGAUAAUGAUAACGAUGAUGAUGAUGAAGAUGAGGAGGAGGAGGAGGGCGAUUCGGACACUGGCAUCGGCAGCUUCUUUCGCAUGAUCUUCUAUCCCGUGCAAGUGGCGAUGGCGCGCAUCUUUGAUGGCUUUGGCGGCCAGUCCGAGGAGGAGAACACGGAGGUCAGCACCAAGCCGAAAUACCCCAGCUACACGCUCUACCACAGCGCGCACAGCAGCAAGGGCGACGCUGGUAGUGCAGAGGAGGAGGACGAUGAUGAUGAUGACGAUGAUGGCGGCUCGCUAAGCAGCUGGUUCGGCUCCUGGUUCGGGCUGAGGCGACGCACCAAAAAGAUUGGCAGCACCACGGCAAUGCCAGUGGCGUCACUGCCUCUGCCGACGCCAGCGCCAGCCACAACCACUGAGCCACCCGGCUGGCUGGAGUCGUGGUUCGGCUUCGGCAAGGCCACAACGGAAUCCUCUAGCGAGGAGUCGGACUAUGACAAGUGGUUUGCCGGCUGGUUUGAUCCGACGCCGAAGCCAAAGACGCGUCGCCGCAAAACGACAACGAGCACAACAACAACAACAACAUCGACGACGACAACGACGCUACCCACACCCCAAGUGCCGAUCCUGACGAUUGUGGAUCCGUUGCGUAAUCCACAGAACUGGAUUGGCAUUCUGGCGCAUCACAUUGUGAAUGCCACGGCUGGUGGCGCGGGUGGAGCGGGUGGCGGUGCAGCUGUUGUCUCGAGCACCACCAAGAAUCCGCUGCUGCAGGCGCUGGUCACCCGUGUGACCAGCACGACGACGGCUCAGCCGGAGCUGCCGCGUCGCAUCAGCUACGACAAGUAUCAGAUAUGGCGACUGAAGCCGCAGGAUGAGCCUCAGGUACGGGCACUGGAGCAGUUCAAGAAGGGCGAAGAUGGCAACAAGCUGCAGUGGCUCAAGGGACCCAGUCUCAGAGGCCUCACCGACGUCCUGGUGCCGCCCAAGAUGCUGGUGGACUUUCAGGGCACGCUUAACUUUGAGGGCAUUGCCCACGAGGUGCUCAUCUUUGAUGUGGGCAAGGCGAUCGCCUACGAGCGCCACAAGGAGGAGUAUCUGUACACGACCCCAGCGGCGACCAGGCGACCCACCAAGCAGCCAAGCGCACCACCGCCCAUGACCUGGAACAGGUACUACGAGUACGACGACAUACUGCACUACCUGGAGACGUUGCGCAUGCGUCACACCCAGCUGAUUGAGCUGAUUCACAUCGGACGCUCCUUCGAAGGCCGUCCCCUGAUCGUGGUCAAGAUCGAGUCGAAGCAAGUCGCCGCCGCAGCGACGGCUGCAGCCGCAUCCAGCCACAAGCGCCUGAGGCACAAACAUCGCUCCGGCCGGGCCAAUGCGGUGUUCAUUGAGGCCGGUGCUCACGGCUUGGCCUGGAUUGGACCCGCCACAGCCACCUGGAUGAUCAGCGAGCUGGUGCGCCUGAUGCGCACGAACAAAACCGACGAGGAUCACGAGUUUAUACGCAACACGACGUGGUAUAUAAUGCCCGUGCUGAAUCCGGACGGGUAUGUGUAUAGCCAUGAGUACGAUCGCUUCUGGAAGAAAUCCCGUUCACAGCAUGUGGCCAAGGCACCCGCUGGACUGCUCGACUCGGCGAUGACGUGGCUGCAGCAGAAGCGUCCAGGCGAUAAGAUUUGCUAUGGCGUCGACUUAGAUCGCAAUUGGCUGUAUCACUGGGGCAAGCGGGGCAGCUCAAAGGCGCCAUGCAAUGAGUUCUAUGCGGGUCCGUCGCCCUUCUCGGAGCCGGAAACCAAAGCUCUGUCUGACUUCCUAAUGGACUAUCGCAAACAGAUCAAGCUGUAUAUAUCGCUGCAGGCCUACGGCCAGGUGUUGUCGUAUCCGGUCAAGGCCAAUUCGACCUUCAACUCGGAGCGCAUGGAUGACUUCCUGGACGUGGCGAUGGUGGGCACGGAUGUGCUGCGACGCAGGGGCAGCAAGGCGCGCUACAAGGUGGACUCGGCCAACGAUUUGAUUGAGCAGCGUUCGGGAUGUGCGGAUGCCUUUGCAGCCUACGAGAUCGGCAUACCCUUUAGCUACACACUCCAGCUGGCGGAUAAUGGGGUCCAUGGCUAUCUGUUGCCCAGCGGCGCCAUUGAGAGCACAGCGCGCGACGCCUUUGAGAUAGUUAGCGCGAUGCUGGAUUACAUCUGAGACGAUGCGGUGGGGUUGUUGGAGGAGGAUGCGAAUGUCAACGAUUAGUUCCUUUUCGACUGCGAUUUGGCUAUGGAUACGGAUUCGCAUUCCUGCGCUUACAAUAUUAAGGACGAAACC